GGUCGGGGACGAGGUGUAAGCCGCAGUCGGGCGGUGGAGAUCCCGUUUGGUGGCUGUUAGCCGAACACAAAGAGACGCGCGCGCCACAGGUGUGCCGGAUGAAAGGAGCCGACGAACCGCGGCGAAGGGAAUGACGCGCUGCCGGUCCAACUGGCCUUCAGGCGAGCGGCGGCGGGCCGGGUGGAAACGAACAAUGGGAGGCGUUCUUCAUCAAUGAGUCGUGUGAUUUACACGUUUUACCGGCCGCGCUCUCGAUUUAGUCCAAUUUUCUUUUCUUUUUUUUCUCUUUUUUUUUUCUUUUUAAAGUGCGUGCGUGUUUUGUGUCUGCUGGUUUCGACCGGCCCACAUUUGAUGUCCUCGGACUUUACGUGUACGAACCCAUUCGGUGCAGCUUCGGGAGAACACGUUGCGGUGAUGGAGUGGCGCGAGCGGUCCGCGGUCAGCUGCGACGAAGCAUACGCGGAGGCGCAGAGAUGGGUUGAGGCAGUAACCAAGAAGAAAUUCGGGAGCGAGGACUUCCGAUCAGCGCUGGAGAAUGGAGUUCUGCUGUGCGAUCUGAUCAACAAGAUCACGCCUGGUGUCAUCCGGAGGGUUAACCGGCUGCCCACACCUAUCGCUGGACUGGACAACCUCAACGUCUUCCUCAAAGCCUGCAGGAAGCUCGGACUAAAGGAAGCGCAGCUCUUUCACCCGGGAGAUCUCCAGGACUUAUCCACGAGAGUCACAGUCAAGCAUCAAGAGACUGACAGGAGGCUGAAAAAUGUGCUGAUCACCAUCUACUGGCUUGGUAGAAGAGCUCAGUGUGACCGUUUCUAUGAUGGACCCUUCCUGAAUCUGAAGGCGUUCGAGGGCUUACUGGGCACAGCACUAUACAAGGCUCUGCAGGAAUCGUCCGGUCAGAAAGGCGGCAACGUCAGAGACAGCGGUUUUGGAGACAGCUGGUGCUCAGAGCGAGAGGAGCUCUUCCAACUGAGAGAGGGAGGAGGAGGAGGAGGAGGAGGACACAGGAGAGACGACUCCCUGGACAGCUUGGACUCUUUGAGCAUCUCCUCUGACUCCACUCUUAAAGGCAGCAGCGAGGGUUUUUGCAGCGACGCAGAGGCUGACUCCGUCUUCAGGAUGACCGAAAACAAGAGCGGUCUCAGUUACCGCCGGUCAGUGACCCUCACGCCCAAGCCCACCUCCCAGUUUAACCAGUUCCUGCCCACCAAAGACAAAUCCACGGCCUACGUGCCCGCGCCGCUGCGGAAGAAACGGGCCGAGCGCAAUGAGGACAGCCGGCGCAGCUGGGCCAACCUCACGUACGCGGAGGACCAAGCCACGCUCACCAGACAGCAGCAAGUGCCAGAGAGUAUCGACGGGAGUAAAUCAGCCAGCGAUAUUCAGGUGGAGCCCAACAUCGACCGGCAGUCUCGCUACGAGGAGCUGCAGAAGCACCGCCAGCAGACAAAGGACACGGAGGAUAAGUGGCAGGAUGACCUGAGCAAAUGGAAGAACCGGCGCAGGAGUGUCAACUCUGAUAUCGUGAAGAAGAAGGAGGAGAGGGAGAAGACAGAGGAGAGCACGUCCGGCAGCAGAAGGGCAAAGACCUUCAAGGAGAUGCAGGAGGAGAGAGAAAAUAAAGGAAAGAACAGCAUCGGCGGUCGCCUUGGAUCUCUGUCUUACCUGGACAACGAAGACGUAUUUGACAAAGCGGUCAUUUCUCCUCGGACCCGAACCCUCCCCGCCAGGAGCUACACCAUUGACACUCCUUACUAUUCCUCUGAAUCCCCCGAGCCUCCUCUGAAAGAGGACGAACCCCGCGCCGCCUCCCCGGCGACUGGCAGGGCCGCUUUCCCUCCCACCUCACAGGGAGUUGAGACUCUGGACAGCCCUGCAGGCAGGGACACCACCACCACCUCCACUCCCACCAGCCGCAGCUUUUUCCAUAGGGCCCAGUCUCCGGCACCAGCAGCAGAAGCACCUUUACCAGUCUCAGUACGCACCGGCACCGUGGAGACAGUGGAGACAGCGGCCGCCGUCUCCCUGCGAAAGGUGCCCGAGCCGAGGCGCCCAUUGUUGCGCACACAGACUGAGGCGGGGGCCCCCUCCUCUGGCUCUCUGUACGAACAACAACCACAGCCCGUCUCAAUGGAACCCAAGCCUCCCGGGGUGUCUCGGGUGUCCGCCUCCCUCCCCAGGAGCUACCAGAAACCGGAUAGCGCCCGUCUGACCUCGAUCGUAGCGCCACGGCCCUUUGGGACGCAGUCGUCCCGCCUCACCUAUGUUCCCCGAGCCUUGACAGUGGACGACCCCCAGAAGCGCGUCAACGGCGACGCCGUCGCUUCCAAGAAGUCGGCGGUGCCGAGCCGCUUUCAGCAGUUCAUGACCUCUGAGGACGAGCUUCAGUCUCAGUCCAGCUCGGCCCACAGCAGCGAGGACGAGGAGGAGGAGGAGGAAGAGGACAAGACCUCACCUCAGAUGGUCUCCUCUUCUCAGAGCAUCUCUACUCAGAGCGUCUCCUCUCCUCAGAGAAUCUCACCCGUCCCUCCUCAGGUCAAGACCGGAGCCCCAGUCAGUCCGGCUCCAGCCAAAGAAACCAGCCAGGAGAACUUCUGCGAGUCGCGGAUCAGCCUGAACCAGAAGCCCAACAGCAGCAGAGACUUUGGCUUCCAGGCGGCCUGGGACUCGACGGGAGCUUGCGUCGCGUCCAUCCAGCCAGGCAGCCCGGCGGAGAUGUGCCAGCUUCAGGCCGGGGACGAGGUGCUGACGGUGAACGGGCACCAGGUGGCAGAAAUGAGCUACCCGGACUGGAAGUCCUGCAUGGAGGAGGCCCUGCAGGAGGGCAGUCUGAUCAUGGAUAUAAGGCAUCAUGGCAGGAACAACUGGGACAGAGAUCAACCUCCCAUGCCAUUUAAAAUCCAUAAGACCAUCAAUCUGACCAGUGUGGAUCAUCCGAUACUUCUAGGUUCCCCCGACGCCAACGCCGUCAGCUCCAGCCUGGAUUUCACCUCGCACGCCUCUGUGGAAAAGCUGCUGCCCAAAGAGGCGCCCGCCCACCCAGUCCUGGACAUGGCUUCAAACGGAGUUAAUGGAGGUUUCCGUGAGCAGGCGGCGACCAUGACGAACAAAGAGUCAGAACCCAUAUCUUUGACAAACUUAAAACGGAGGUCAGAGUUUUUUGAAAAAGGAGGAUCCGAGUCUGCGAUGCCAGAUAUACCCGUUCCUUCCAUCAUCCCGUCCUCCAGCCGCUGGUCUUGGGACCCAGAAGAGGAGCGCAGAAGACAAGAGAAAUGGCAGAAGGAGCAGGAGCGCCUCCUACAGGAGAAAUAUAAACGCGACCAGGAGAAGUUGCAGGAGGAGUGGCUGAAGGAUCAGGAGGAGGUGGCCAAGAGUGUGGGCCAACAAGAGCCGGGGAGCCUGGAGGUGAGCACAGGUGCCGGCGGCCCACUCUCGUCCCUGUCUCCCGUCGGCCAGCCCGCCACGCCUCCGUGGGAGGAGCAGGAGAGAAAACGGAAGGAGGAGCACGAGCGCCAACGGCAGGCGGAGGAGAGGAGGAAGAGGGAGGAGGAGGAGCGCGAGCUGCGGCGGCUCCAGGAGGAGAGGGAGACUAGAGACCGGCAGCAGCGGCAGGAGGAGGAGAGGAAGAGUAGGGAUGAGGAGGAGCUGAGGUGGCAGAGGAGGAAGGAGGAGGAGAGGGAGGAGGAGAGGAGGCGGCGGCAGGAAGCUGAAGAGCAGCAGCGCAGGGAGCGGGAGAGAGCCUUGGCAGAGCAGCAGCAGCAGCAGCAGCGGGCCGCCAGCUUUGCCAAUGUCCCGCCGUCACUGUCCUUCACAGACAGGAUGAAAUCUAAAUCAUCUCCCCAGCUGGAUGAAGAGGAGAAACCUCAGAGAAAAGGUGUGUUCGUGCAGCCGGGGGUCAUGGCCCCCCGGCUGCUGGAGGAGCAGGCGAGGAGCGCCCGCGACAAGGAGGCCCGGAGUCAGCGGGCGGCUUCCGAGCUGGAGAUGGAGAGGAGGAACAUCCUCAACAUCAUGAGAUACAGAGAGCCAGAGAGAGUGACAGGCGGCGUGGCGGCUGAGAAGAAGGGUCAGCAGUCGGCGUCGCAGGCGGAGCAGGAGCGCCAGCAGAUCCUGAACGAGAUGAAGAAGAAGACCCCGCUGCUGAUGGACAAAAGCUGGAUCCGCCAGCAGUCCUCCACCACCUCCACCACCACCGAGGAGUCCGACGUGCCACCCAUGCGCAGAGGCGAGUCUCUCGACAACUUGGACGCCUCCUACAACUCCUGGCGCUCGUCGUGGACGCCCAGAAGCAACUCCUACGGCCAGAGCGCCGCUCGGCCUAACUCGGCGCUCUCCGGCAGCACUGCCUUCUACGGCGGCGGGUCGGCGGGGGUCCAGCGGCCCCCCUCCUCAGCCCUGCCUUCCUCCUACUCCAUGGGCUCCCUACGGGCCGGGGCGGGAACCCCCUCGUCCCCUUGGUCCCGGCAGUCGCCGUCACCCUCGCCGUCCUCUCCGUCACCCACCACCUCCCCAGAGCCCACGUCUGAGGGAGGCCCCCCGCAGCAGCGGAGCAGGUCAGUGAGUGGCAGGAAAGUCUGUACGUUCUGUGACACCCCGCUGGGAAAGGGAGCGGCCAUGAUCAUCGAGUCCCUCGGGCUCUGUUAUCAUUUGAGCUGCUUUAAGUGCAUCGAAUGCAAGUCUGACCUCGGAGGGUCGGCAGCCGGCGCCGAGGUCAGAAUACGGAACAAGCAUCUCUACUGUAACACCUGCUACACGCGAUGCAAAGCUGGCCAGCCAACCACCAUGUGACGUGACUGUGCUCCAGCAGAUUGACGAAGAGACUACUUGUGACAACAACCCGUGAGCGUUUGACGUGGACACCGAAGCCUCUGCAAACACUGGGGGGGGGAGUUGGGGUUGGGGUUGGGGGUCCACACCUGGUUUGGACAUACUUCCAUUUACGGCGACAGAAAUAUUCCCGGUUGACUCGCUGUUGAUAUUCCGUUUUUAUUUUUUAUUUUUCAGUGUGUGAUUGAGAGGGUAAGCUUGCAGAGAAGUCAUCUACUUUAACCUGUUGUUAUCAUAUUAUUACGGCUGUAUAAAAUGUAAGGGUUCUGCAUGCAUCUGCACCUUUUUUUUUAAUGUUUUAACUCUGAAACUAGUCAAAGCGUUAAAUUGUCGAUAACAUAAUUGGGCAGAUUCUUUGAGACCAUGAGCGAUAUUUCGAGGUUUUCAGUGUCCUCACUACUCUUCUUUCUUGUGGUAUUAACAUGUAUUCUCAUCGCGUCUAUGUGCCUUUUUUCAUUGGUGGGAUUAGCAAUUAUUAUAAGAUUAUUAGGAUCCUUUCAAAGCAUAUUUAAAACUGUCUGCUUGGAUAGCACUUAUCUGGAGUUUUCACUGAUGGACGGAGGAAUUGUACAUGAAUUGUAUGUGAAGAAUAUAUAUCGCACUACAUGGCAUCUAUAGGCAAACAAUAACAUUUGUAAAUAAAAUGACUAAACGCUCA